AUGGCUAUUACAAACAAUGUGACCCAGUUAAUAUUUACAGGACUCUUCCAGGAUCGAGAAGCACAGAGAGUUUCUUUUGUGGUGUUUCUUCCUGUAUACAUGGCCACAAUGUUGGGAAAUGGCCUUAUCAUCUUAACUGUCAACACUAGCAAGAGCCUGAACUCUCCCAUGUACUUUUUCCUUAGCCACCUGUCCUUAGUAGAAAUCUGUUACUCCUCUACUGUUGUUCCUAAAUUCAUUUCUGGUUUAUUGGCUGAGAACAAAACCAUCUCUUUGGAUGGCUGCAUGACUCAGAUCUUUUUCUUCCAUUUCUUUGGAGUUGCUGAGAUCCUCCUGCUCACAGUAAUGGCCUAUGACCGGUAUGUGGCCAUCUGUAAACCCCUGCACUACAUGACCAUCAUGAGUCGUCCUGUGUGUCAUGUAUUGGUGUUUAUCUCCUGGCUAGGGGGCAUGUUCCACUCUGUGGUCCAGAUUCUCAUCACUGUCCAAUUGCCCUUCUGUGGUCCCCAUGUGAUUGACCAUUAUUUCUGUGACCUCCAUCCCUUGUUCAAACUUGCCUGUACUGAUACUUUUGUGGAGGGGAUUAUUGUGUUUGCCAAUAGUGGUUUAUUCUCUGUUAUUUCCUUUCUCUUCUUGAUUUCUUCUUAUGUUGUCAUCCUGGUUCACCUGAGAAACCAGUCAGCAGAGGGAAGACGCAAAGCCCUCUCCACUUGUGCCUCCCACAUCACUGUUGUUGUCUUAUUCUUUGGUCCUGCCAUCUUUCUCUACCUGAGGCCCUCUUCCACCUUCACUGAAGACAAACUCGUGGCUGUGUUCUAUACAGUGGUUACUCCAAUGUUGAACCCCAUUAUUUAUACCCUGAGAAAUGCAGAAGUGAAGAAUGCCAUGAAGAAGUUGUGGAGCAAGAAAGUGAACUUGGGAAGGGAAUGA